GCGCAAAGGCUUGGGCACGAUCGGUUGCACUGAAUAGCCAAUCAAAUUUCGGUUUUGAUGUCAAAAACUCGAAAGAAGGAAAAAGUUACAUUCACAUUGAACUUGUCUUUGCGGUGCGGUCGGUGCAGGUUCUUGUCUUUCAGAAACGAGAAAAUUUUAUCGGAGAAUACCCUUCAUAGCUAAAGUUAAAGAAUUAUCUUAUGAGAUGGCGAAUACAUUCAAUUCUGGAAGGAUUCUGCUCAAUAAAAUGGAGUUGUUCAACUAUCUGACAACGUGCCAAAUGGAGCAAAUGACACACUUGAGCCUUCUUCAUGCGAAUCAAGCUGUUGUACCAGCAGCUGCUCCAGCGCCAGGAUUUGAACAUUUGAUGUGUCAUCCCCGAAUUAAACUUUUGGAUCAGAAACUACAUACAGCAAAGAAACCAGUUGUCGAGCCUAAAAAGUCGUUUUUGGAUGAUCUGUACGGGUUUGGCGGAGAUGACGUGGAGGCUCUUUUUAAUGGUAUUUCAGACAGCCCGGUUUUCAGUGACAAUCAAGGGAAACGCAAAGAUAUUGAUCAACUGCCAGAUCCCACAGUCCUGUACAACCUGCUGGAUGCUGCAUCCAACAGUACGCCAUGGCUACCUGACACUAUGGCACUUGUCACAAAAGGUGAAGUACCGUCCUCAGUUUGUGGUGAUUCAGUGUACCAUUUAUCUGGUACUAGCCCAGGCCCUCAGAGCCCAGCCAUCAGUGACGCUGGUUGCAGCACAGAUGAGGGCAUACAAAGUGACAUCAGUGACGAUCUUGAAUACAUCGAUGAAUUAUUGGAAAGCAUGAAUUCUUCAGAGUCUCCCUCAUUACCAGCAGAAACUGAAAAACAGAUUGUUAAACAAGAAACACCAGUUACAACACAAAAGCCAAUAAAACGAAGAAAGCGUGGGCCAAGGCCACUUGUCAAAUAUCGAGGUGAUGGGCCAAUCCAACUGUGGCAGUUCUUACUGGAGCUGGUCACCUCACCUGAGUGUACAAAACUGAUCAAGUGGACACAGGAAGAGGACUAUGAAUUUAAAAUACUGCAGCCCUCAACUGUGGCAAAGAUGUGGGGGAAGAAGAAGAACAAGCCCACCAUGAACUACGAAAAGCUGAGCCGUGGUAUCCGCUACUACUAUGGCAAUUCAGUCAUUGAGAAGGUUCAUGGAAAAAGAUAUGUCUACCGUUUUUUGUGUGAUAUACCAAAAAUACUGGGCUAUGAUCCAAUGAAAAUAAAGUGUGAAGAAUUUGUGGAAGAUUCAGUGCACGGAGAAGCUAUAAUGUCACCUGAAGUUGAAGAUUUGGUGGUUGCGUCUUCAGUUGAAGAUUGCUUGUUUGCCGGAUCGCUUGAUUUCAGUGUGCUUUACUAGUUAAUUUCUGUUGAGACCCAAAACGUUACAGUAAGUUACGUUCAGUUGUGUUACUUCGGUAAUGUUCUUUGUAGCUUGUAUCAAGCAGUCUUUUGGCAGUAGCCACUGAAUAAAUCGUAUCGAUUUGUCCAAGAAAACUUUUAGAAGAAAAUUAUAUAAUCAUUCAAUGAAAUCCUUCUGGGGAUAACAAAUUUGUAGGGUUGUAAAAUUUUCAUUGAAAGUUAUCGUAUUAUGCAUACUGUGUAUGAACCACUAAGUACUAACAUCAAGCUAAAAAUGUGAGAAUAUCAAAAUCAAAUUAAAGCUUUUAGUGACCCUAUAUUAUAAUGGUGGUUUACAGUUAUUAAUGUAAGCUGUAUGAUGCACUCAGUGUGUUUGUUAUUAUGAAAUACCUUCAGUGUUCAAUGCAUGCAAAGUAGUUUGAAGUAGUUCGCCGUAAAUUCUGUUACAUUAACAGAAAAGCUGUGUAGAUUACAAAUAUGUAUAUCAAUAAAAAUCAGUUUUCCUAGAGGUUGAAGCGACAUGUGUUGCAUCAGCAUUUGGAAGUUUGCAAAUAAUAUUUGCUACAAGGUAGCUUGAUAUAUUGAUAUAAUAUGUUACACAGUUACAAUGUAAGAGCUGAGUUUGCUAUGAGGCAGGUAGCUUUUUGUUCUAGUAAGUCAAAAAUUGUUAAGCUCUGCUAAAGGUUGAAUGAAAUAAAAUGUGCUUGUGCAAGA